GCUGGACUGGUGUUCUCCAUCCUUCCAACCCCAUAAAAAGAAGACGCAUGACAUGAAGUGAUAGCCCUGCUCAGAAAUCUUUCCCUUUCCUUAGCCUUCCUUGAUACCUGCAGAUUCUUUGACAGACCGCAACGAAGUGCUAGUGUGCAACACACACACAUACACAUCACUUCCCCUCUCUCUCUCUCUCCCCACACACACACACAGGGAAGAGAUCAGAGAAGCUGAUCAGCUGGUAUCAUAUCAUCCAACUGCACAAAAAGAAAAGUUCCAAUGAUGCAUUCCAUCACAUAGAGAAGCCUCGAGCCAAGAACGCCGUGGGCGUGUGUGUCUGUGACCCUGUACGUGGUGGCAGUGUGGCACGGCCAUGGCAGCCACCAAGAGAUCCUUCCACGGUGUCGUCGUCGACGGCAUUGCACGCGCCGUGGCGGAGGAGGAGCUGCAGGUUAACCGGCGGCCGGAGGAAGGCGCCAACAGGAUGAUCUUUGGCUUCCCGGUGCCCGGUGCGCCCACCCGGCCGGCCGCCGCCGUCACCCAGCAGUUCUUCCCGGCCACCGUGGCAGCUGCCGCGCCGCCGGCGCAGGCGACGGAGCUGUGCCACGUGGCCGCGCCGUCGGCGGCCGACCAGUGGGCCCGGUCGGCGUCGAGGAAGAGCCGGCGCGGGCCGCGGUCCCGGAGCUCGCAGUACCGCGGCGUCACCUUCUACCGCCGCACCGGCCGGUGGGAGUCCCACAUCUGGGACUGUGGGAAGCAGGUGUACUUGGGUGGUUUUGACACGGCACAGGCUGCUGCAAGAGCCUAUGACCAAGCUGCAAUCAAGUUCCGCGGCGUGAAUGCUGACAUCAACUUCACCCUGAGCGACUACAAGGAUGAGAUAAAGAAGAUGAAGAACUUCAGCAAGGAGGAGUUCGUCCAGGUGCUCCGGCGGCAGGGCGCCGGCUUCGUCAGGGGGAGCUCCAGGUUCCGGGGAGUCACCCAGCACAAGUGCGGCAAAUGGGAGGCCAGGAUAGGCCAGCUGAUGGGCAAGAAGUACGUGUACCUUGGCCUCUAUGACACGGAGAUGGAGGCUGCCCAGGCUUAUGACAAGGCUGCCAUCAAGUGCUACGGCAAGGAGGCGGUGACCAACUUUGAGCCCCAGACAUACGACGAGGAGCUCCAAGUGCAGCCGUGGGACGGUGAGCUCGACCUGGAGCUCAGCCUCGGCUGCGCCGGCAGCGACCCGUCCGCCGCCGCCGCCGCCGCCGCCGUCGAGGUGUUCACCACCGCGCCGAGCAGGCAGAGGACGAUGACCCUGACGCUCGACCUGCCGGAGGAGGACAACGAGACGGGCGCCGCCGCCGACCCCGGCAGGUGCUUUCGCACCAGGCGGCCUUCCCCGACUCCGGGCACGUUCCGUCUCCUCCUGGCUGACGACGAUCACGUUUGCCACCCCGGCACCGGCAGCAGGGACGACAACGACACGCUGCACAUGCUCCAGAUGCACCUGACCGACGCGCAGGGCCAGGUCGGCAGCAGUGGAGGAGGAGGAGGCGCGGCAGCAGCGGCAGGGGCACACAUGCGCUGGCCCAACGGCGGCAAUAAUUGGGCGCCGCCGUACGCCACGGCCCGGGCCGGCCCCGACACCGACGACGCCGACGCCGCUGCUGCAGCAUCAUCAGGAUUCCCACUGGGCCGCUGCAGCCGCUGCCCACGGCGUCCAGGCGGCCCAGCCACCGCUGAGCAGCCGCCUGUCCAUCAGCACAAGCAACAGUGGUGGCGCUGACGCUGAGCGGCCACUGAAUCGGCCACGGCCACUGGCGGCGACUGGUGGUGGCCGAAAGAUUCUAGCGAGAGGUGGCGUUUCGCCUCGGCCGCCGCGCCGGCGCCGGGGUUCCCUUUUUCGGGUUAGGCAAGGUUGGCAGUGAGGUCGGCAGCGGUGGGCUCAUCCCUGCGCUCGUGGGGCAGGUCCGGCCGGCAGGAACAAUUCCGACGCCGAGAUAGAUGUAGGGAGGAACUGGGAGGCACUGUGGCUACAAGAAAGCUGUACGGAUCGUCUCGUCAGGCUGGGAAGUUAUCGAGCAGUUUUGAGCAAUGGGAGCUCGGAAUUUUUCAGACCUGAAAUAGGCUUGCAUUGGGGUGAUCACUAGUUUGUUUCUUCUUUGUUGGCCUCAGUAAUUCUAGUAUUGUAAGCUAGGUAGUUACAUGCAUAUGAUGCUGCUCUAAGGAUGUUGAAUGGAUGAAAUGGAAGUAUGGAAGUGGAACCGUAUGUAUGGUCCACGUCCAAAAUUACUGCUGCAAUGUACAGGAUUUCAGGCUGGAUAAUUAGCCAACGUAGCUUUUUAAAGCUUGGUUGGAUA